AGAGCGUGUAGAAAAAGCUCCGACUUUCAAGGGCUCUCUCGCCUUCCCCUGAAGGAGGCUUUGAACGAUGAAGCAGAGUACGCGGAAGACCAAUCAAACACACCGCCUCGCUCAGGAAAUUGAUUCUUAAAGUAGAAAAAUUUAAUCUUUACGAAAAGAGUUGAGGGAAUUUUCUAAAUCCGGGUCUUCUUGGCUCUCAUGCAACUUCAUCAACGUGCUCUCAGCUUCACGUCUCUCUCUGUCUCUGUCUGUUCUCUUCUCUCAGUUUCUUGCACGGCCGGAUUUGAAAUCCUUCAAAAUCGGCUUCAUAGAGCAAACUCAAUAUAGUGGAUAUAGUGUCUCUUGGAGGUUGAGCAUCCACUGGGGACAAUCAAGCAUCUGUCUCCUGCAGGUCAGGUUUCUUUUAUAUGGUUCUUCACAUGAUAGGUUUCCGGUAUUUAUGGAUUGCACUCUUUGGUCGCGUCAGAUUGCGCCUCCCCACGGUACAAAAUAGGAAAUGAGGAACUAAAGAAGGAAGAAACGUAUUGUGUUACAAGUUUUCCCUCUGUAGAUGGAGGAAAAAUGCCGGACUAGAGCGGACAGUUAAGUAGACUGGAUAUCCACGUGUAGAUCCUGAAGUCUAUGCAAGAAGCAUAUUCUUGCUAAGGUUUUUGUUUCAUGAAUCGUGGGUACAUGAUUUUCAGUAGAUAUUAACAUGAUAUGAACUAGCAAUUGCUACUGUUUUUCAGUUAAGAGGUCACGGGACACUCGAUAAUGACUGUUGUUCACCCAGUUUGUUGUUGCUUCUUUGUCAAGUUACCUUUGUCAUGCUUUCAGGGCGCCUUCCUGUUCUUAGAGCUACUUAACCAUAAUUUCGUAAGACAGAUGGUGGAGCCAUUUUCCCCGAUUCGCUUGCUUCAUGAUGCAACUAGUCUGAAAGGGUUGCCUGCAUUAGCUAUACAAUGCCAUGGCUUGCUGUUCUGUUUGUUGUUCACCAUUUUACAAAAACACAGAUGAUUCAUCUGUAUCGAUUACCAAACUAUUCUGCUUCUCUUCCUGUUUUUCAACUUCACUCAAGCCAUCAUUUUGCCUUGUAAAGCGUUACAAAGAUAGGAUGAUCAAUGGAAUGUACGUUAGGAUGCAGUGAGAGGUGAAAGGGCCAGAACAGAAGCUAGUAUUUUUUGGUUGGUGUUCUUAGAGCUUCCUUUCUCAAAUGGUAAUUAGUGUGUGCUUAGAUCUUUCAGGUGGAAAUCAAGCUUUUCUCUGGGAAUGCUUUUGCAAGGUCCUUUGAGUACAUAAUGCAAUUCGGGCGAAAUCGGCCCUAUCUUCUUUUUCAACCUGUAGAACCACACUCUAGCAAAUUGCAUGCUCCAGAGGACCUUUCAUUGCAUUUGCUCAUGUUAGGCAAUGGUUGACAUAAAAUUUUCUCUUAUUUUAGGCACCGAGAACGACCUUGCGGUUACCUCGCUUUUUCUGCUACAUUCGACUUCUUCUCUACGUUGGCGACAGGAAUUAGUGGUCAGACACUAAAUUUGAUGAUUUAGCAAUGGAACCUUUAGCAGCAAAGUCCAUGAAAGAGAAUGGGUUAUCAGACAGAUCCUAUCAGAUUGUGAACAAUGACAAUGUUCCCACCGAGAAUAACGAUGCAAAACAAAGAGUGCUCCUCAUUGAAUGGUUGACCAGCAUAUGUCCUGAUUUAGCCUUACCUCUACAAGCAUCGGAGGAGGAGUUGAGAUCAAGCUUGAUUGAUGGGUCCGUCCUGUUUCUGAUCUUGAAAAGGUUGAGACCUAGUUACAUCAACGAGGGAGGUUAUUUUGAUCAGUCUUCAGCCCCUCAUAAAGACCGGAUCAAAAGGUUCCUAGCAGCAAUGGAUGAGAUGGGGAUUCCCAGGUUUGAGAUCGCAGACCUAGAGAAGGGAUCAAUGAAGCCUGUAAUAGAGUGCCUUUUGUCGAUUCAAGCUCAGCUCAUGCCAAAUGGUAAUGCAGAGAGGCGCAAAGCUUUGACAGAAUCAAAAUUCCAACGUGCUUUGCGAAGUCCUGUCAUGCCAGAGCCAUCAGCUACGCUAAUGCAUCAUGGUGGGCUUAAGUUCCAUGAAGUAUUUCAACUGAAGCAAGGUCGAUAUGCGGACCUUCCGGCAGCAAAGAUCUCAGAGAUGAUGAAGUCGAAUAGUUUGGACAAUGCCCCUACCCAAUCGCUUUUAAGUGUGGUUAAUGGAAUCCUUGAUGAAAGCAUAGAAAGGAAAAACAAUGAAAUACCUCAUCGUGUCGCGUGCCUCUUGAGAAAAGUUGUGCAGGAGAUAGAGCGGCGUAUAUCAACUCAGGCAGAACAUUUAAGAACACAAAAUAAUCUCUUCAAGGCUCGUGAGGAGAAGUAUCAAUCUAGGCUUAAGGUACUUGAAGCCCUAGCAACUGGACCUUGCGAGGAGACAGAGCGACUCCAGACCAAGAAGAUCAAGACAGAAUUGAAGAUUGAAGAGAAGAGGAAGCUCGAAGAUGAGGACUUAGCUAGAUUGACUAAAGAGAAGGAAAGCCAUAACUUGGAAAUUUUGGCAUUGAAGCAAGAGCUGGAGCUGGCAAAGAAGACAUAUGAGCUCCGUCACUUGCAAAUGGAAACAGAAGCUAAGGCAGAUAAAAUGGCACUCGAAGAGAGGACAAGAAAACUCGAGCAGGACUUGGCAGGAUACAGUAAUAAGGUUGAGGAGCUGGAAGUGGCAAAGAAGAUGCACCAGCUUGGUCACUUGCAAAUUGAAACAGAAGCUAAUGCAGCUAAAAUGGCACUGGAAGAGAGGACAAGAAAACUCGAGCAGGACUUGGCAGGAUACAGAAAUAAAGUUGAGGAGCUGGAAGCAGCAAAGAAGACGUACCAGCUCAGUCACUUGCAAAAUGAAACAGAAGCUAACGCGGCUAAAAUGGCACUCGAAGAGAGGACAAGAAAACUCGAGCAGGACUUGGCAGGAUACAGAAAUAAGGUUGAGGAGCUGGAAGCAGCAAAGAAGACUUACCAGCUCCGUCACUUGCAAAUUGAAACAGAAGCUAACGCGGCUAAAAUGAAGCUUGAAGAGAGGAUAAGAAAACUCGAGCAGGACUUGGCAGGAUACAGUACUAAGGUUCAGGAGCUGGAAGAAGCAAAAAAGACAUACCAGCUCCGUCACUUGCAAAUUGAAACAGAAGCUAACGCAGCUAAAAUGAAGUUUGAAGACAGGAUAAGAAAACUCGAGCAGGACUUGGCAGACUCAAUAAAUAAGGUGAAACAGCUUGAGGCAUAUUCGGAAUCCAGAAACCAGAAGUGGAACAAGAAAGAGCACAGAUUCCAUGACUUCAUGGAUUUUCAGUUUGGGGCUCUACGUGAACUAAGGGUCUCUUUCAAUUCCAUCAAGCAUGAACUUCUGGUUACCCAAAGAAGCUACACAGAGGAAUUCAACAGCGUUGGACUAGAGGUUGAAGCAUUAGGUGAUGCCGCAGAGAACUAUCACCAAGUUCUUGCUGAAAAUAGGAGGCUAUUUAAUGAGGUUCAAGAUCUAAAAGGUAAUAUCAGAGUGUUUUGUAGGAUUAGGCCCCUAAUUUCUGGACAGAGUGGAAAACAGUCGAUCGUCGAACGUACUGGUGAUGAUGGACAGUUGGUUGUCGCUAAUCCCUCCAAACAAGGGAAAGAUGGCCAACGCAUGUUCAAGUUCAAUAAGGUGUAUGGUCCGGCUGCUUCUCAAGAGAUGGUAUAUUCCGACGUCCAACCGUUCAUUCGUUCUGUUCUUGAUGGAUAUAAUGUGUGCAUAUUUGCUUACGGCCAAACUGGUUCGGGAAAAACCUACACGAUGAGCGGUCCUAAUGGAGCGACUAAGGAAAGCUGGGGUGUUAACAAUCGAGCUCUCAAUGACCUUUUCAAUAUCUCUGAGAGCAGAAGAAAAGCCAUUGUAUAUGAAAUCUUGGUUCAAAUGGUUGAGAUCUACAAUGAACAAGUGCGCGAUCUACUAUCCAGUGGCGGCUCUCAGAAGAAACUAGGGAUUUCGUCAGUCUCUCAGGUGAGUGGUAUAGCUGUUCCAGAUGCUAGCAUGCAUCCUGUCAGAGCGAGCUCGGAUGUUAUUGAACUAAUGGACAUAGGGCUUAAGAAUAGGGCCGUCGGCGCCACAGCAUUGAAUGAGAGAAGUAGCCGCUCGCAUAGCAUUGUGACUGUGCAUGUUCGGGGGACGGAUGUGAAGACUGGAAGUACAUCACAUGGUAAUCUUCACUUGGUAGAUCUUGCAGGAAGCGAAAGAGUGGACCGCUCAGAAGUAACUGGUGACAGACUGAAAGAGGCACAGCAUAUAAACAAGUCACUCUCCGCCCUCGGAGACGUCAUUUUCGCUCUUUCGCAGAAGAGUCCUCACGUGCCUUACCGUAAUAGCAAGCUCACUCAAGUCCUACAGACUUCUUUGGGUGGUCAAGCAAAAACACUGAUGUUUGUGCAGCUCAAUCCCGAUGUGUUAUCGUAUUCAGAAAGUAUGAGUACUUUGAAAUUCGCCGAGAGAGUCUCUGGGGUUGAGCUCGGGGCAGCGAGGAGUAGUAAAGACGGCAAGGAUGUCCGGGAGCUGAUGCAGCAGGUGGCAUCUCUAAGAGACACCAUCGCCAAGAAAGACGAGGAGAUUGAGCGGUUGCAGUUGCUUAAGGAUCUCAAAAACGUGUAUCCCGCGGUAGAAAAGCGCAGCGUGGCCUCGCCAUACGAUCCUUCCUCUCCAAGCCAAAUUCCCUCCAAGGGUGUAGGACUGAAUGAUCCUGAGAAUGCUUCGGCGCACGGCGAUAGACACUAUGAAUCCGAUUUGCAUGUCCCUGGGGAUGAUAGGUAUGGGGACCAAGAAUAUGAGGAGAGAACAAGUGAUGUUUCGGAUUGCUCUGCUGAAAAUAGUAUGUCGUCUGAUGCCGCUGACCGGCCAGAUAGCUUAGAGAAGCCAAAGCCGGGACUUAAAGUGCCUCCGCCCUUGCGAAAGUCGGCCUCUCGGGAAUCAUUGAAGGCUUCGACAAGUGCCAGGAAAACCGUGACCACUCCGACCGGGUCUUCUACUUUACUCAAACCGCCGCGACGGUGGCAGUAAAACAAGAAGUCGAAUUAGAACGGCGCUGUUUUCCGGACCCGUCUCCUGGCUUGUGAAUAUAGCCCCAAUCACUUCACUCGGCCACAGUUUUUCUGUUAAUGCAUUCAUAUUUCCGUUUCUGCCCAUUUCAGUACGAGUUCAAAUGGACAACAUCAUGUAAAUAGGCGUUAGACGUUCUAUCUUUCUUUCUCUCUCUCUCUUUUUUGGUUAUCUGAGAGAUUGUACAUAUCAAAUUUUGUUGCUCGCUUGUUGAUCCGGCUACCAGAUACCAAUUGUCAAUUAGGCACCAUCUCGAUCAUUCCUGUUACUGAUGUAGAU